UUGAGAAAGGGCAGACCAGGGGAGGGCAGGGGUGAGGGGGUCGCCAGGCGGCCCCGCGUUCGGAGCAGAGCCGCGGGACGUACAGCACCAGGGGUGAAGCGGCCCGCCCGCUCGGAAGUAGUCCCGGCACCGCUCCGGCCCCGCCCCUGCAGGGCGGAGGGACGCAUCACGCAGGGGUGGGGAAACCGUAUCCGUGCGCAGGGUUGCUAAGGGUGAAACUUUUCAUUGACUUUGCUCACUUCGGGCCGGGGCGCGGGAAGCUGCGGGUCGUCCGUGGAGAGCAGCAGGUGGCUCGGGCGAUGCAAGGCUAGAAGGGCAGGACCGCCCGCCGCCACAUCCCGGACAGUCCUCCGCCCCGCGACGCGAGCUACCCUCCGGUCCGCCAUCCCAUCGCCGUCGCCGCCGGCGGUCCUGCCCGCCCUCCGUCCCCGCCGCUAGCCCGAUCUCCAAAAAGCUGAAACAAUUAUUAUCGAGAGUCAUAGCCUCUAACCCCUCCAACUCGCCCCCAUCCCUCAACUAAGGAAAGGCACAUCGGCCCCGGCCGGGCGGUGCCCGGGAAGGAAGGAAGAGAGACCUCCGCGCCGCGUCCAGGACCACCCUGGAGGAAGAAGCCGUCCCGCGGCCGGCAGCCCGCCCAGCCGCUGCGGAGGCCCGAAGCCGUCUAGAGCCCAAGGCUGCCCACCUCCCAUCUCCUGCCACUGCCCUUGGCUUGUGCACGUGCCCUGUGCUGAUUCUGUGCCUAGGAAAGGACCAUGCAGCUGGAGAUCAAAGUGGCCCUGAAUUUCAUCCUCUCCUACUUGUACAACAAGCUGCCGCGGCGGCGGGCAGACCUGUUUGGGGAGGAGCUGGAGCGGCUUUUGAAAAAGAAGUACGAAGGCCACUGGUACCCUGACAAGCCCCUGAAGGGCUCUGGCUUUCGCUGUGUCCACAUUGGGGAGCUAGUGGACCCCGUCGUGGAACUGGCCGCCAAGCGGAGUGGCCUGGCCGUGGAGGACGUGCGGGCCAACGUGCCUGAGGAGCUGAGCGUGUGGAUCGACCCUUUCGAGGUGUCCUACCAGAUUGGUGAGAAGGGGGCUGUGAAAGUGCUGUACCUGGAUGACAGCGAGGGCUGUGUCGCCCCGGAGCUGGACAAGGAGAUCAAGAGCAGCUUCAACCCCGACGCCCAGGUGUUCGUGCCCAUCGGCAGCCAGGACAGCUCCCUGUCCAACUCCCCGUCGCCCUCCUUUGGUCAGUCGCCCAGCCCCACCUUCAUUCCCCGCUCCGCCCAGCCCAUCACCUUCACCACCGCCUCCUUCGCUGCCACCAAGUUUGGCUCCACCAAGAUGAAGAAAGGCGGUGGGGCUGCAAGUGGCGGGGGUGUGGCCAGCAGUGGGGCAAGUGGCCAACAGCCCCCACAGCAGCAGCCUCACGUGGCCCGCUCGCCCACCAACACCCUGCUGAAGCAGAAGAGCCUGUCCUUGUCUGUGCAUUCGCUGAACUUCGUCGCAGCCAGCCCGGCCUCUCAGUCCCAGCUCUCGCCCAAUGCCAAGGAGUUCGUGUACAACGGCAGUGGCUCGCCCAGCCUCUUCUUUGAUGGGGCCGAUGGCCAGGGCAGUGGCACCCCGGCCCCCUUUGGGGGCAGUGGGGCUGGCACCUGCAACAGUAGCAGCUUCGACAUGGCCCAGGUGUUUGGAGGUGGCACCAACGGCCUCUUCCUGGAGAAGACGCCCUUCGUGGACGGCCUCAGCUACAACCUGAACACCAUGCAGUAUCCCAGCCAGCCGUUCCAGCCUGUCGUGCUGGCCAACUGACCACCCACCUACCCGCGGAGCCAGGAGCACCCAAGACCACAGAAAAGAGAAAGGAAAGGAAAGGCCAAAAAAAGAGGAAAAGAAAAUGAUACAAAAAGAUUUCCAGUCUUCUCACUCUCGAUUCUAGAAAAGAGAUCCAGCCUAGGCAUGGAGUGGGAGGGGGCUCCCGAAGCACCAAACCGUGUGUAACUCAACCCCCCUGCUGUUUUCCUGCCUGCCUCUGAUUUAUUUGGUUGGUUUGGGUUUUAUAUUUUUUUCUUUUUUCUUUUUUUUUUUUUUUACACGUAGUUUUCUAUAUAACAUCUUUAAUUAGUGGUUUCCUGUGCUAAGAAUGGUCCAGAUGUGAAUUGCUGCUCCCUGUUCCCUCCCUCCUUCACAUGCCUGGUUUAGGAUUGGUGUGUCCAAGCUUACAGGGAAGGAAGAGCCACAGCGGGGGCCUGACCCUCCCCAGAACAGGGAGGGUCUGUCCCCUGUCACUGCCUCUGUCACCUAACUAUCCUCUCACUCAAAGCCAUCCAACCUCAGCAGGCCUUCUUGGGCCCUGCCACCUAAGUAGGUCUGACCCCCACCCCCACACCCUCUCAGGCCUGGGCCACAGGGAACUGCAGCCUGGCCCCUGACACCCUCCCCCCAGAGUUGAUGCCUAACUCCAGGGAGGUUAGCACUCUGUCUAGCGGAUUCCUUUCAUCUCUGUCCUGUGGCCCCGCGCCACCAUCCUCACUGGGCCAGACUAUCAUCGGGACCUUGGAGACCCAGCCGUUGACACACGUGGCCUGUCUCCUGUAGCCCCUUCUUCCCUGGGCCUGAGGCUGUGGGUAGCGAGGUGGGGCAGGUGCCAGGGAGGUGUGUGUGUACGCAUGGUUUGCUGUCCUGUUUUAACGGAUUCCAAGCCAUGGGAAACUUCCCCUCUGGAUGUGAUUCCGGGUCACAGCAAGUGCUUAUUUCUGUGUGAGGUUGGGGAAUGGGCCGGGGUGGGUUGUCAGUCCUUUUGUGGAUGGUUCACGUGGUGGGGUGAGACUGGGGCUGAGCCUAAGACAUGCCCAGGGGAAAGCACUGCAUCAGAACUGGCUUCCAGACUGCGGAGGCAUCUGCACUUUUGUUUGUUUUUGACCAAAAAAAAGAUGGGUUAGCUGUGAGGGGCCAAGGGAGUACCCAGCCUCUGAUGCCUAAGAGGAGUCCCUGGACUCAGACCCUCCUGUGGUGUGGCCUUAGCCCAGGGUGGCAGCUGCUCACCUGAACACCUGGGGGGGCCGGAGUUUGUGUCAGUGCCUAUCGUGGGCAGUCCGGAACCUCAAGUUGGGCCUUCGGUCCUUCGGUUGUAGAUGUUAUUUUAGUACUUUUCUGCCCCUUUCGCUUGAGAACUUUUUGGUACCUCUUGCCAUCCCCUCUCACUGCCCAACCCAACCCCAGUGGGCCUUGUUGCCGCAAGGCAUGGUCUCCUGGGCAGGCUGGGCUUGGCCCUCGCAGCCAGGGUGUCUGGAUUCUAGAAGAGUACUUGCUCCCCUCCUCUGCCAGUAGAGAAGUUGUUUCUCUCACCCAACCCUAGUGAGCCUCCUUCCACGCCAUGAUGCUUUGGCAAGUGGGCACAUGGCAUCAGGGUCCCAUCACCGGAAAGUACCAAAGCCCUUGCCACCCACCCCAUCCUCCCCAGCAACCCAAAGUGGGCAACUGCUGUGGCAGUGGGUCCAGCCCAGACAGACACUGCCAGCCUCCUGUCCCUGCACUGGGCACCAGCUCUACCUCCCCUAGCAGGGCAAUGUCCUGACUCCUCGGCCCAGUACCACCUGUCCCCCUAGACUUCUCAGGCGCCAGCCCAGUCUGGGCCGCCCUCUCCCUAGCCCUCAGUUCCCACACAGGUGACAGGCCUGGGCAGAUUGCUGCUCUCUGGGAAAGGUUGGAUGCUGCCUUAUGCCCCCUUCCAGCCCCUCCUCCCACACUCACACAGGUGUCCACCACACCUGGUCAGCUUGUUCCUCACCACAUAUAGGGAGAGGGGAAGGGAGACCAACCCCUUAGUGUCUUGAAAUAGGAAGAAAAAUGUGUGUUCAGGAGCAUGACUCCAGUGCUGGGCCCCCAGGCCCGGUUUGGUCUAUCUCGUCUCAAAUCUAGGCAUUUUUGCUUCAAUUUUAUUUUUUUUAAGAAAAAAGAAUCUGCACUAAUUUACCUGGUUUCGUAGGAAAACUUUUUUUUUAUUUUUUACAUUUUUUGGUGUCUGUUUGUAUUGAAUAAUUUGCUACAUUUGUAAAAUGUAAGAGGGAUAUAUAAUAUAUGUAUAUUUCUAACGUAAAAAAUGUAAUUUUUUUCUUUUCAAGAUUUUUUCUUAAAAAGAGGAGAGAAACAAAGAUAUUUUUUCAGGAAAAACAAACUUUAAAAUAAAAAAGAGGAGAAUCAACCCUAUUUCUCCCCUUUUCCCAUCCUCUAUCUACCCCUCUUUCCAGGAACAAGUCAAAAGGUGGAUCGUCUUGUAAAGAAUGUAAACUUUUAGUCCAGAAUGAUGUCUUUUUCUCAAUGCAGUGAGCUAUAGGUUCUCUAGUUGGACCCCUGUGGACGGGAAGGGGGCAUUGAGGCAAUGUGGAGAGGGGCUUGGGGGGAGCAGGGCAACGAAUUUGUUUUCUUUAGUGAAGGAGGAAUACAAUCAAGCAUUUUGUAUUCAGAAUGUUGUGCAAUAUUUUGGAAUGGGACAUUGGUGUGUUUAGAGAUUUAGUUUAAAAACAAAACAAAAAGAUUGAUCAAAUCUGUACAGUUUAUAUUGUUCCAGAUUUUUUUAAGUUUGUAUUAAAAGCAUGAUAUAUAAUAGCC